AUGGAAGAUUUAGAACACUUACCACCUCAUUUGCGACAAGAAUUUGAAAUUAUGCGUGAUCUUGAUCAAAAAGUCCAGGAUAUCAUUCGUCAAACACAACAACGCACAACCUAUCUAUUUGAACAUGCAUAUGAAAUGUCCAAAGAGGAACGCAAAGCACAAAUUGAACAAAUACAAAGUUUAUUUAAAAAAGGCAAAGAAAUUAGUAACGAUAAGGUGUCCAGAGCUGAAAGUGCUUAUGAACUAGUUGACAAACAAAUACGUCGACUGGAUGCAGAUAUGUUUGAAUUCAAAAAGGCAUUAGCUGAAAAAGAGUCUAAGAAAGUGAAAAAAUCUCGAACAAAACAAGAACAAGAGCCGGUUAUUUCUCCUAAAAUCCCAGCUACUGCUGCAUUGGCAUUGGCAUUGACGAAUAAUCCUAGAGAAGUAUUAGAUAUGCCAGUUGAUCCAAAUGAACCUACCUAUUGUAUAUGUCAACAAGUAUCCUAUGGCGAAAUGGUUGCGUGUGAUAAUCGUGAUUGUGCAAUUGAAUGGUUCCAUUUCGAGUGUGUUGGUUUAGUGAAUAAACCACGUGGACAAUGGUAUUGUCCUCAGUGUAUAGCUCAAGGAUUUCCUUUGAAAAAAGAUGACUAG